CAUUAUGGCUUUAAAACAAAAGGCCCACGGCUUUCACAAGUCAAGACGGUGCGUUUAACGAAAUCCCUCAAAAGGCAUGAUGAAUGAACCUUGUUGAUCCUCUUCUUCUUUAGUCAAGAAAGUUCGGGAUCAAUAGGAGCAAAAAUGAAGAAGCUUCUUCACUCUCCUGUUUUCUUCUAGAUUUAAGUUCCAGAAUCUUGCUUUUUGAUUUCCGUCGUCAUUUUUGAAUUUGUGGUUUGAUUGGAACAGAUUGGUUCGCUAGGGUUUAGGUGCAAGAAGAUGGAUCGUAUCAGCGAUCUACCAGAAGAACUUAUUAGGCUAAUCGUGAGUUUUCUUGCUGCAAAGGAUGCUGCGUCUUUGGUUACCUCAAGGAGGUUUAGGAAUCUCUAUACCAUCAUACCAGAUCUUGUGUUCGAUGACAUAUUUAAGUUUCAGGGAACUUUCACGGAUUUCGUGAGUGAAGCAAUGGCUCGGCUGGAAACUACUACGCGCAUAAGGAGGUUCUCUUUAAAAUCUGAAAGGGGUGGUCUUGAUCAAGAUCGUAUCAACCACUGGCUACGUGAUGUGUUAAAUCAUCGUGGUGUCAUGGAUAUUGAAAUUUGUAUAAAUGGUGGUUAUGUAUAUACAUGGCCUUUAGAGUUCUUCACUUGCAAGACACUCAAAAAGAUGAAACUUGGAAGAGAAACUAUUAUCAGUGUGUUGCCUCAGAAUGCAUUGCUACCAGCGCUUGAGACUCUCUUUUUUGAAUCCGUUAUGUUCUGUAAUCUUGGUGAUUGUGCGUUCCAGGCGUUUAUUUCGGCCUGCCCUGUGCUUAAGGACCUAACCAUUGAUGGUAUGUGCUGGGAAACUUGGGAAUGGUCAGGCACCGUGUCUAGUCAAAGUCUUCAAAGACUUACUAUUAGUCGUGAUAUGCCUCAGGGUUUUGAUGGGUUCUAUGUUCCUCUGUACAUUACUUUUGAUACUCCAAGUCUUGCCUACUUAGACUACUGUGAUUUUGUCCCGGAUGGGUAUACAUUUGUUAAUUUCGAGUCCCUUGUGGAAGCUAAGCUCAAUCUUCAUUUGAUGGUAAAUGAUGAUGAUAUCUUAUGUAGCAAUGCAACAAAUCUCAUUCAAGGGAUAAAAAAUGUCAAGAUCCUGCAACUCUCAUCUCCUCGUACUUAUGAGACGCUUAACGUCUUCCGUGAUGCAAUUCCGGUAUUUGAAAAACUACAUCAUUUAACUAUGACACAUGAUAAUGCCAUUUCCAUGAGAUUCUGUUGGACGUUUCUUCCCUUUUUGCUAAAUAAGGCUCCAAAUCUGAAGACCCUUGUUAUCGAGGAUGUCUUGCACUAUCUUAAAGAGCCUGACUAUGUGUGCGAGUGUUUGUCGGGAUAUUCUUGUCUAUUGACAUGUCCAGUAGAGGUAUUGGAGAUAACUUUAUGGUAUGGCGGGGCGACUGGUGAGUUGCAGCAAGUGAGACAUUUCUUAGGAAAGUUGCCACGUCUGGAGCUGCUGAAAGUCAAUACUUGGAGAUGUUUAAGCAAUAGUGAGAAGUUAAGAAUCCAGACGGAUAUUCAAAAGUUUCCGAGAGCUUCACCAAACUGCAGGAUCCAGCUCAGUUAUUUUUGAAAACUACAAGGCUCAAUCAAGUAUGAAGAACAAACUUUGGUCCUCCGAUUUGUGCACAUUCUUGGUCAUUUUUAUUGGAUUAUCUGCUCCUAGCUAAUUUAUCUUCAAUAUGAUUCUAUCAACUUUGAUAUCUUAGAAAUUGGGACUUUUUCCCCCUUUGCCUUUCGCAUGGUAUUUGUAAUUUAAGCACUCCCAAGUCUCACUGAUCCUAAUUUCUCACGACGCAGUCGUAGAUGCCACAAGUUUAGUAUCAUAUAUCUUCUCUGCUUCUUGUCUAGGUCAUGUUCCAAGAUACCACGCUUCCAGCAAAGCACAUAUACUGAUAUACAAUGGUUAAAAUAAUCGUAAUGAGCUGGAUCAACACCUCUUAGCACUUUAAAGAGGAACUCCGAACGCGAGAACUGGCUGGCGGAGCCAAUACUCCAUCGGCAAAUUCCAUCAAACUCCCUUGAUUCUUGACUGAGUCAGCAAACACAAGUUUUUCUAUAAUGGUAAAGAGAUUCUGCCACCUCUUUGACAGGACAAAUGCAAAAGCGGCCUCCUUUGCAUAAAGGAAUGAGACAAUGUGGCAAACAAUAUCUCAUCAGGUAAACUACUAAUCCUCUUGUUAAACCCUAGAAAACCCCUUUUUACUAUACUCAAGUAAUUCCAUCCAAUGGAGAUCUUAAACCUCAAUUUUAACUUACGUUCACCCACUGCAAAAAUUAUACAAACAAGAAAAAAGAGUUUCAAAGUGGAGAUAAACACAUUUAACUCAAAAACAGA